CCCAGAGACCUGUCGCGUCUGCUGUAUUGUUGUUACCUAACAUAAACAACUCGGAAUUUCAAUCGGUCUCCAAUUAAAAAAAAAACCUUCUGGGCACGUUGUACAUUGUCCUUAUAUUACCCCAGUGUUAAGUUUGGUUAAGGCAAGGACACCGACAGUUGUGGUCGUGGAUGGUUUAUUUUGAUAAGUUUUCCGUAUUUCUAAGAAGAUUUGAUAGAAUUGAUAUUUUGUUCGCGUGGCAUUUGGUUUUUCGAAGAAAUCAGAGCUACAUCUAAAUAUGGAUGAUCAUGAUGCACCAGAGUUCAUGGAUGAUGAUUCACAGGAAGCAAAUUCUCCAGUAGCUGAAAAUGAUCAAACUGUGUAUGAAGAUUUGGCUGCUGGUCAGAGUUUGGAAUCGGUUGAAGUUAGUAGUACAAGGACGCUAGGACAACCCCUAUCUGAUUUCCUGAUGACUUUAGAAGAUUAUACACCUACAAUACCUGAUGCAGUUACAUGUUCUUACCUUGCCUCAUCUGGCUUUGAAGCUUCUGACCCCAGAAUUGUCCGUCUGGUGUCAAUUGCUGCUCAGAAGUUCAUCUCUGACAUAGUAAAUGAUGCUCUUCAGCACUGCAAAAUGAGAGGUGCUAACACUGUUCAGUCCUCUAAGAACAAGGCAAAAGAUAAAAGAUAUGUCCUAACCAUGGAAGAUCUUGCCCCUGCACUUGCAGAAUAUGGAAUUCAAAUUCGCAAACCCCCUAUUAUUCAUAAGGUCUUAAAAAUCAUCUUGCCACAAAAGCAAACCAACAGCACCAUUUUUCUUGUUUCUUUUAAUAAAACCUAAUCUUCUGAA